CCCUGAGAGAGCUCUACACCUAGGCGCAAGGAUGCAAGCUCCGGGGUUGCGUCCGGACUUUCUUUUCUCGACCGGUUUUGGGGCCAUUACACUGUCAACGCAAGAGCGAUGCAACUCCGAGGGAAUGUAAGUUGCAGAAAAUCCCGACGGAUUCUAGACUUUAGCCUCUUCUCAUGAAUAACGAACGGAGAUCGGCUGUCCGUAUUGUAGCUCUAAGUCGCAUAUGCAGACCUUGGCCGUCUAAUAUGAUUCGACUGGCACCUGGUCGUAGUACAAUAUUGAUGAAGACCUCGAGAUGAUUUUUCAAUUCUAGAUUUAACACUAAGCGGACUGUACCUACCUCUGCAACAACGCAUCAUCCCUCCUUAACAGUUCACAUCUACCGUCGUAGGAAGCAUGGUAUACAUCGAUCAGCAGGAGUCGGCGAUCCUCUUGUUUGGGCCCCAGGCCCUUUCGUUUAACAGACAAUUCGAAACGCUUAGGCGCACCCUUUCAAGUGAGGUUGCUGGGCAGGACUGGAUUCUUGAUACAGUGGCCGAGUUGCCACAAUAUUGGGAUGCCUUGACAGAAGUAAUACCCAAAAUUAAGGGCGCUGUCCAAGGCGAAAAGCACCUGGCAGACUUGGACUCGUGGUUUCGACGAGCUCCUCUCGAAGACGACAGGCUGGAACAGCUGCCGAACCUGAUACUCACCCCGCUGGUAGUUCUCACCCAACUCACACAGUACUGGCGUUACCUUGAGCUUAAUCAACAAUCAAAAGAGGCUGGAGCGAAAAUCGAUCUCCAAGCAGACUUAGUAGCACGACAGAAGAAUGGUGGGGUUAACGAGGUACAGACACUCGGUUUCUGCACAGGUUUGCUCAGCGCUUUCGCUGUGGCGAGCGCAAACAAUCAGGACGAAUUUGAGAAGUAUGGGGCCGUUGCCGUGCGUCUGGCUAUGCUUGUCGGCGCCCUUGUUGACGCUCAAGAAGCGUGCAACAGGGAGCUGGGCCAUGGCCAGUCCAAGUCAUACGCCACGGCGUGGCGUAGUGCCCAACAAUGUCAAGAUAUGCAUCAGAUUAUCGACAGUCUGUUCCCCCAGGCUUACAUCUCGGUGAUCUAUGAUGAGGCCCGGGUUACAGUGACGACAUCGCAGCAGACUGCGCCCGCUUUUCUCCAAGCAACAAGAGACUAUGGCAUCACCGCGGCCGAAGUUGGCCUCCGUGGACAUUUCCACAGCCCCAGCGAGGAUUUCCUCAGUUUGACGAACGCUCUGAUCGAGUACUGUGACAGCAUCCCUGAUCUUCGUUUUCCAGACGCUUCUAAGUUGGCGUUACCGACCUACACCAACGAAGCUGUGGAUGGCAAGUCGAUCGAACGCAGCGCCGGAAGUCUGACCAAGAUUGCAUUACACGCCAUUCUUGUGCGGCAAAGCAAUUGGUAUAACACUUUUGCUGCAGUGCAAGCCAACCUUGGCCAUGACACUAUCUUUGUUUCCUUCGGCCCGGAUCGAUGCGUUCCACCAACUCUAAUGCGUUGUCUAGGCCCCAGGUUGAUGCAGUUUGCCGACCUAGACGAGGAAAUGCCGCAGCGUCUUGCCAGCGUGUUGGAUCCCGAAGCGCACUCAUUACAUCAACAACAGUCGCAGCAGCUGCACGUGGACGAAGAUGCCAUCGCAGUAGUCGGCAUGUCGAUCAAGGUGGCAGGUGCCGAUGACGUAGAUGAGUUCUCGCAGAUGCUUCGUACAGGCGAGUCGCAGCACGAGGAAAUCACGUCGGAGCGCCUAAUGAUGGACACUCUGUACCGAGAGGAUGACAAAGAUCCAAAGCGCAAAUGGUAUGGAAAUUUUAUCCGCGAUGUGGACGCAUUCGACCACAAGUUCUUCAAGCGCAGCCCUCGCGAGUCGUCGACCAUGGACCCGCAACAAAGGCUCUUCCUGCAAGCUUCCUAUCAAGCUGUCGAGCAGUCAGGCUACUUCACAGAGACAACAUCUGACUCUCCAACACGCAACAAGAAGCACGUCGGUGUUUACCUUGGAGCAUGCGCGGGUGACUACGAGCACCACGCAGCCUGUCAUACCGCUAAUGCCUUUACCGCCACGGGUAACCUCAAGAGCUUCAUCCCAGGCAAGGUCUCGCACUACUUUGGCUGGACCGGCCCUUCUAUGACCUUUGAUACGGCCUGCUCAGCCUCUACCGUCGCCAUUCACACCGCGUGCCGCAACAUCUUGUCUGGCGAAUGUACGGCUGCACUUGCUGGCGGUGUCUCCACCAUAACCAACUUCUUGUGGUUUCAAAAUCUUGCUGGUGCAAGUUUCCUAAGUCCUACUGGCCAGUGUAAGGCCUUUGAUGAGGGAGCAGAUGGUUAUUGUCGUGCCGAGGCCAUUGCUUGCGUGUUCCUCAAGAAGAUGUCCGACGCCAUCGCCGAUGGUAACCCAAUCCUAGGCUGCAUCCCCUCGACCGCCGUCUACCAGAACCAGAACUGCACCCCGCUCUUUGUACCCAACUCUCCAUCCUUGUCUCAACUGUUCACCGACGUCAUAAAGAAGGCGCAUGUUAACCCGCGCGAUGUCUCCCUGGUGGAGGCCCACGGCACUGGAACUCCUAUAGGAGAUCCUGCCGAGUAUGAGAGUAUCCGGCAAGCGUUAGGAGGGCCAAUUAGAUCCAAACCACUUGUUAUUGGCUCGGUCAAGGGACACAUCGGCCACAGCGAAGGAGCAUCCGGCGCCGUCUCCCUUAUCAAGAUUAUUAUGAUGAUGCAGGAAUGCUACAUUCCUCGGCAAGCCAGCUUCUCCAAGAUGAGCCAUCACAUAAAGACAUCACCGACAGACAUGAUGGAGGUCUCGACUGCUCUUAGACCGUGGAACGAUGAGUACAAAAUAGCUCUUAUCAACAAUUACGGUGCCUCUGGGUCCAACGCUUCUAUGAUCGUUACCCAAUCCUCCCAGAACAGCAGCGGCCAGGCGUCUGCAUUUAUUCGUGGUGACGGUGUGAAUAAGGCAUCGUUCCCCUUCUGGAUAACUGGAUUUGACACUCGUAGCAUCACUGCGUACUGCUGUAAGCUUAUGCUCUUUUUGAAAAUGAGAGAGAAAGCUGGUCUCUCUCUAGCUGACGUUUCGUUCAGCGUGAAUCGACAAUCUAACCGCUCUUUGCCGCAUGGCCUGAUAUUCUCUUGCCGCUCAGUGUCCGAGCUCGAAGACAAGCUUAGCAAACCAGACAAUGUGAUUGCUCCUCUUAAAAAUGAACGUCCCGUUGUCUUAUGUUUCGGCGGUCAAGUGUCCACCUUUAUCGGUCUGGAUCGUAAGCUGUACGAUUCAGUGACUCUGCUGCGCUACCACUUGGACCGGUGCGAUACUGUAAUGCGGUCGCUUGGGUUGAGCAGCCUCUAUCCUGGCAUUUUCUUGCGGUCGCCCAUCACGGACGCAGUCAAGCUGCAGACCAUGUUGUUUGCCUCGCAGUACGCCUGUGCUAAGUGCUGGAUGGAUUCCGGCCUUGCGGGCAAGAUCGUCUCAGUUGUCGGCCACAGUUUCGGUGAAAUCACAGCUUUGUGUGUGUCAGGUACAAUGAGCCUCCGCGAUACAGUUAAGUUGGUCGCUGGCAGGGCAAAAUUGAUUCGCGACGGAUGGGGCCCCGACUCUGGCGCCAUGAUGGCCAUCGAGGCAGACGUAGAAGACGUUCACAAGAUUUUGGCAGAAGCAAAUCGAAGAUAUGCUGGCGAGUAUCCUGCCAGCAUCGCUUGCUACAACGGCCCGCGAAGCUUCACGCUGGCUGGGCCUUCCGAAGCUAUUGACUUGGUUGCCGAGACAAUUCCUCAAUUUGGACCUCUUAAGAGUAAGAGGCUUAAUGUCACCAACGCUUUCCACUCCACCCUUGUCGAGCCACUUGUCAGCCGCCUAGAAGGAAUUGGUAGAAACUUAACCUUCUCUAAUCCCGUCAUCCCUCUUGAACGUGCUACUGAGAACAGGCAAGCGGCUGGCUCAAAGAUAACUUCGGCAUAUGUCGCUGAUCAUAUGAGGAAGCCUGUAUACUUUAACCAUGCGGUACGCCGAAUAAGCAAUGACCACCCAUCGGCCAUCUGGCUUGAGGCAGGGUCCGCCUCUACCAUUACAAUCAUGGCUAGCAGAGCUCUCGCCGCUGGGGCAAAACCAGACGAACAUCACUUCCAGGCACUGAGCCUCACAAACACCGAUAAGGGUCUCGAGGGCCUGACCGAUGCGACUCUUGCUCUCUGGAAGCAAGGCCUGCCUGUUUCGUUCUGGGCCCACCACCCUCUGCAAACAUCUGAGUAUGCGACUCUACUUCUCCCACCCUACCAGUUUCAUAAGGUCCAACAUUGGAUGGAGCUCAAGUCCCCAGCGAAGGCCAUCUCUGAGGCAGCCACAGCCUUGACAGCACGCGCUGGGCCUGCUUUUGAACAACAGCAGCAGUCUAUGGAUGAGAAGCUCCUCGGACUGUGGUCAUUCAUUGGAUACGAAGAACAGAACGGCAAAGCGAAGAAACCUCGCUUCCGCGUCAACACCGGCUCCAAUAAAUACAAAAGCUACAUUUCAGGUCACUUGAUUGCGCAGACAGCUCCCAUCUGCCCUGCCACGCUACUGGUGGACAUGGCUAUCGAAGCAUUAUUCAGCCUACACCCUCAGUGGGCUACCACCGCGAUGCAGCCCGUUGUCCUUGAGAUGGGCAACCACUCGCCGCUGUGUGUAGAUCCCACACGCACAGUAUGGCUUGAGUUUGAAACUCUCAACGACAACAAUACACUCUGGGGAUGGAAGAUCUUCUCGACCUCCAACAGCGGCGGCAGUGACGUUCAUGUAGAAGCCAAACUGAACAUACGCUCACCCGACGACGUCACCUACCAAAACGAGUUUGGCCGGUUCGAGAGACUGGUCACCCAUGCUCAGUGCACGUCCAUUCUUAGCAUGUCUGACGACGAAGACGUCGACAUCCUUCAAGGCCGUAACGUAUAUCGGGCCUUUGCUGAGGUCGUGGAGUAUGGUGAGAUAUACCGUGGUGUUCGCCGAGUCGUUGGCCGUACUGGCGAGUGUGCUGGACGCGUACGAAUGAAGCAUAGCGGGGAGACUUGGCUGGACGUCCCACUGAGCGAUUCUUUCAGCCAAGUCGGCGGUUUGUAUAUCAACUGCAUGACAGAUCGUCCCACAAAUGACAUGUUCAUUGCCACUGGCUGCGAGAUGUCGAUGCGUUCGCCACGCAUCGCCAAGCUGGGAAAGGAGGAGUUUCCGGAGACCUGGCACGUCCUGGCACGCCAUCAUCGCCAAGCCGAAAAAGUAUACACCAGUGAUGUGUUUGUCUUCAAUGCCAGCAACGGUAUGCUGACUGAGGUGAUGAUUGGUAUAACUUUUGCAAGGGUCGCCAAGGCUUCAAUGAGCAGAAUGUUAACGAGACUCACUACCGACGAGUCAGUGCUGAAGGUCAAGCCUUCCCAAGGGCAGGCUAUUAUGGCGACCAUAACCACUUCUACUCCCAGUCCCAUCCCCCAACAACCCCAGUCACUCGACAAUGUUAACAAUAAAGAGCCUGCCGUGCAAGAGACAGCCAAUAGGAAGAAGAGCAACAAGACGAAGGAGAGUACAGUGAGAACUUCCCGCCCAGACAUCACGAAUGACCUCAGAAACCUAGUUGCCAACAUUUCAGGCGUCGAAGCUCACGAGAUUGAGCUCGAUACAGAAAUGGCAGAUGUCGGCAUCGACUCCCUGAUGGGUAUGGAGGUGGCCCGCGAUGUAGAGAGUACCUUCAAGUGCACCUUGGAUCAAACGGAGCUGAUGGAGGCGACAACGCUGCGGAAGUUCGUGGUGUGCCUCAAUAAUGCCCUUUACGGGCAGGGAGGUGGCGAUACCGCUAAUGAGCCUGUUGAACUUGAUGAUGAAGAUGACGACGACGAUUCUUAUUCGUCUCAGAGCCAACCCGAAUAUAAUUCAGAUAACACUAGAUCAACUAGUCCAGGUUAUCCUGAAGUAAAGCCUACCUUUGUAGAAGACCCGGCAAAGCCGGUAGCGACAGCAGCCGCUGUUCCGCCCGCCCAGACGAACUUAAGCAUUUCCAAAUUGGAGAUCUUGCAAUCAUUCGGAUUGGUUAAGAUGCUAACAGACCAAGAGAUCAAACGAUUCAAUCUUGACAGGAUUCACAAACUUGUUCUCGCCGGCUCCAAUCGCCUCUCCACUGCGCUGGUAGUGGAACAGUUGGAGAAGUUAGGCUGUCACCUUCGAUCGGCUGAGCCGGGACAGGUUCUCGAUCGUGUUCUGUUUCAGCCACAACAUGGACGGCUGAUAGAGUUCCUGUACGAUUUUAUAGAGUGGGGCACUCGACUGGUCGACAUUGACAUGUUCAGCGGACAGAUUACACGCACCAAUAUUCCUGUACCACGAAAGACAAGCGAUGUGAUUUUUGCGGAGCUCCUGCAGGCUUUCCCCGAAUUUACAGUCGCCAACAAGCUAACUUACUAUGCUGGAAAGCAUUUGGCUGACGUCCUCACUGGCACGACGGAUGGCAUUCGCGUGAUUUUUGGGACCUUGGAGGGCCGCGAUCUUGUUCAGGGACUGUACCUCGACCACACCUUCAACCGCAUGCAAUACGGCCAGAUGCGUGACAUCGUCAAACGACUAAUGGGAAAUUUACCAAAUAACCAAGGCCCAUUUAAGAUCCUAGAGAUGGGCGCUGGCACGGGAGGAACUACGUAUGUUUUGGCUCCGAUGCUGGCAUCGCUUGGUUUCCCAGUCGAGUAUACUUUUACGGAUCUGUCGCCAUCCAUGGUGGCCAACGCCAGACGCAAAUUCGGCAAGGAAUACUCAUUCAUGCGAUUCGUCGUUCACGAUAUCGAGAAGCCCCCUGCUGAGGAACUGCACGGCCAGCACCUCGUUGUUUCCAGCAACGCUGUUCACGCGACACACAACCUCGUCACGUCUCUUACGAACGUCCGUAAAGCCCUAAGACAUGACGGAUUCCUAAUUAUACUUGAAAUGACUGAGAGUGCACCGUUUAUUGACCUUAUUUUUGGCCUUCUAGAGGGCUGGUGGCUUUUCGACGACGGUCGCAAGCAUGCAAUCGUUCCGGCCGAGCACUGGGAGAGAGAACUCCACGCGGCCGGAUUUGGUCACGUCGACUGGACCGAUGGAAGCCUUCCCGAGAACAGAUACCAGAAAGUCAUGAUCGCGCUCGCAUCUGGUACCCAAUCGGAACGGCUUCCCAAGCCCAUACCAGAGGAUGCGCCCGCCCAUGGCAUUCAAGAUGUGGCGGCGCGUGAGGAAGAAGCCAACAACUAUCUGUCCAAACACAUCAAUGGAUUCGCUGCUCCAGCACCCCUGUCUUUACAAGAGCGCCCGAGUGAUGCGCUACGUGACGGUCAGGAUGCAGUAGUCCUUAUCACUGUGAGGACAGUCGUCUGCGUCAACCGUAAAACUAGCAAGCCGUUAAAUCAGCGCCAAGCUGAAGCUUUCUCGUCCCGCGGCAUCAGCCUGUCAGCUGGCGCACAACAAAAGCUCCGUGUCCUCGAAACCGACACUUCCAGACCACAGCUCGGUUUGCCAGUUGAUGAGUACAACUGGCUUGUGCGCAAUGUUACACAUGUCGUGCACAACGCCUGGCCAAUGAGCGGUACACGGCCCAUCAAGGCAUUCGAGCCCCAAUUCCAGUCUCUGCGCAACCUGUUGGACCUAGCACGCGAUGUCGCCGACUACAGGCACAACGACGCUGGGAUCCGCAUCGGCUUCCAGCUGAUCUCGUCCAUCGGCGUCGUAGGUGAGGCUGGCAAGGCCAGAGUACUAGAGGAUCGCGUGCCCUUUACGGCAACGCUACCCGUUGGUUACUGCGAGGCCAAAUGGGUGUGCGAGCGCAUGCUCGACGAGACACUCGGCAAGUACCCGCAGCGCUUCCGCACUAUGGUGGUACGCCCCGGACAAAUAGCGGGGUCGCGGACGAGCGGUUUCUGGAACCCCGUCGAGCACUUCGCGUUCCUGGUAAAGUCGGCGCAGACGCUGCGAGCUUGGCCAGACUUCGGCGGCGUGCUCCAGUGGGUGCCCGUCGACGCCGCGGCCGGCGUCAUGGUGGAUCUGUGUCGCGUCGCCGAGCUUCACAACGCCCCAGAACCAUAUCCCGUAUACCACAUUGACAACCCUGUCGGGCAGCUGUGGAAGGAAAUGAAUCCCGUGCUGGCGGACGCUCUGGGCAUCCCAGCUGACCGCAUCAUGCCAUUUCGUGAUUGGGUAGACAUGGUGCGGCGGUCGCCCCUGCCGGCCGAGACGAUCAAUCCUGCCGCCAGGCUAAUUGAUUUUUUGGACGACAACUUUGAGCGCAUGUCGUGUGGUGGGUUGAUUUUGGACACGGCGAAGGCGAAGGAGCAUUCGCGUACGAUGGCUGAACUAGGGCCCGUCCAUUUCGAUGUGGCAAGGCGCUAUAUCACGUCGUGGAAGAAGAUGGGAUAUCUGUAUGCCUGAAAACUUGGAAAUAGUGCUAUGAAUGUCCCUUUCGAGAAUUGCGCUCCGUGCGUGCAAGGGUUGAUUUUUUUAGGUUAGAAGUGAAAGUUUUGAAAGUUGAUAGAAAUGUCCGAAAAGGUCCGUAAUACUCAAAAACAAUUUUCAUUAGAUAGCUUAGAGCCUCCAAUACAUCAUGCAACUCUCUUUGUA